AGUCCACUUCGGCCCAUACACGCUGCAAUGUGUCUCGAUCGAUAUUGUUAAUAGCAGUAGUAAUGCGUUCCCGGAGUUGACCCAAUGUUGUUGGCAGAGGUGUUUAAGAAAUGUGCGAGGAGGACGUUUCUGCCCUGGUUGUCGACAAUGGUUCUGGGAUGUGCAAAGCAGGAUUUGCUGGAGACGACGCACCUAGGGCUGUGUUCGCUAGUGUGGUCGGAAGGCCAAGGUAUCAGGGAGUUAUGGUCGGUAUGGGGCAGAAGGACUCCUAUGUCGGUGAUGAAGCUCAGACCAAACGAGGUGUCCUAACAGUGAAAUAUCCCAUUGAGCACGGUAUCAUCAAUAACUGGGACGAUAUGGAGAAAAUAUGGCAUCACACAUUUUACAAUGAACUCAGGGUAGUAUCCCCAGAGGAUCAUCCAGUACUAUUAACGGAGGCACCACUGAACCCAAAAACCAACAGAGAAAAAAUGACGCAAAUUAUGUUUGAAACCUUCAACUGCCCUGCCAUGUAUGUCGCCAUACAGGCUGUGUUGUCUCUGUAUGCCAGCGGUAGAACGACUGGAAUUGUUAUGGAUUCUGGAGAUGGAGUUUCACACACUGUACCCAUUUAUGAAGGUUACGCCCUACCACACGCCAUAAUCCGGCUAGAUCUGGCAGGUCGCGAUCUCACGGACUACCUCAUGAAGCUGCUGACUGAACGCGGUUACAGCUUCACCACUAGUGCCGAACGAGAGAUCAUCAGAGACCUGAAGGAGAAGAUUUGCUACGUAGCACAGGAGUUUGACCAGGAGAUGGCCAUUGCACGCACUACGAACUGCAUAGAGAAAUCGUACGAGCUUCCAGAUGGACAGAUCAUCACUUUGGGCAGCGAGAGGUUCCGCUGUCCAGAAGCCAUGUUCCAGCCUGCACUGAUAGGCCUAGAAACGCCUGGUAUAGCAGAAACCACAUACUUAUCCAUAAUGCGCUCGGAUAUGGACAUCCGGAAGGAACUAUAUGCCAACACAGUACUAUCAGGUGGCUCAACGAUGUUCCCGGGUACGGCAGACCGCAUCCAACGUGAGGUAGCGCAACUAGCACCUGCAUCCAUGAAGAUCAAGAUCAUUGCGCCCCCUGAAAGAAAGUACUCCGUCUGGAUCGGGGGCAGCAUUUUGGCCAGCCUCACCACCUUCCAGCAGAUGUGGAUAUCCAAGCAGGAGUAUGAUGACGCGGGGUGUACUAUAGUACACAGGAAAUGCUUCUGAGGAGUGCAGUCACUAUCGACGCACGUUCCAAUUUCUAAAAAUAUUAUUUUUUAGUAUUAUUAUACAAAGGUGUAAAAAAUUAGCAAUAUACGAGUAUUGCGUUUAUGGCUAGUAUGUCGCUGGCGAACUAAAUGAGUUAAUAGUUUUCGUGGAGUUAUACCGUCGCCUAGGUUCUAACUCAGCGUAACUCAAGACUGUAAAGGGCAAAAAACGGUGGAUCUUUGGAUUCCUUAUCGAAAGACAUGCAUGUCUUGAUGGCGCCAUUUUUUGAGUCACGCGAUGUUUAAACUAAAACGACGAUAAAUAUGUGAAAAUUAUUGCCAACAGUUCACCUUCAGGGGCCUGUUUCUCC